AUGGCAUUAAGAUUUCCAAGGUUUAGCCAAGGCUUAGCUCAGGACCCCACUACUCGUCGUAUUUGGUUUGGUAUUGCUACCGCGCAUGACUUCGAGAGUCAUGAUGAUAUUACGGAGGAACGUCUUUAUCAGAAUAUUUUUGCUUCUCACUUCGGGCAAUUAGCAAUAAUUUUUCUGUGGACUUCCGGAAAUCUCUUUCAUGUAGCUUGGCAAGGAAAUUUUGAAGCAUGGGUACAGGACCCUUUACAUGUAAGACCUAUUGCUCAUGCAAUUUGGGAUCCUCAUUUUGGUCAACCGGCCGUGGAAGCUUUUACUCGAGGGGGUGCUCCUGGCCCAGUGAAUAUCGCUUAUUCUGGUGUUUAUCAAUGGUGGUAUACAAUCGGUUUACGUACUAAUGAAGAUCUUUAUAUUGGAGCUCUUUUUCUAUUAUUUCUUUCUGCCCUAGCCUUACUAGGGGGUUGGUUACACCUACAACCAAAAUGGAAACCGAGCGUUUCGUGGUUCAAAUAUGCCGAAUCUCGUCUCAAUCAUCAUUUGUCAGGACUAUUCGGAGUAAGCUCUUUGGCUUGGACAGGACAUUUAGUCCAUGUCGCUAUUCCCGGCUCCCGGGGGGAAUACGUUCGAUGGAAUAAUUUCUUAGAUGUAUUACCACAUCCCCAAGGGUUAGGCCCGCUUUUUCCAGGUCAGUGGAAUCUUUAUGCUCAAAAUCCCGAUUCAGGUAGUCAUUUAUUUGGUACCUCCCAAGGAGCGGGAACUGCCAUUCUAACCCUUCUCGGGGGGUUCCAUCCACAAACACAAAGUUUAUGGCUGACCGAUAUUGCACACCAUCAUUUAGCUAUUGCAGUUAUUUUUCUCGUUGCCGGUCAUAUGUAUAGAACUAACUUCGGGAUUGGGCACAGUAUAAAAGAUCUUUUAGAAGCACAUAUUCAUCCGGGGGGGCGAUUGGGGCGUGGACAUAAGGGUCUUUAUGACACAAUCAACAAUUCGCUUCAUUUUCAAUUAGGCCUUGCUCUAGCUUCUUUAGGGGUUAUUACUUCCUUAGUGGCUCAACACAUGUACUCAUUACCUGCUUAUGCGUUCAUAGCGCAAGACUUUACUACUCAAGCUGCGUUAUAUACUCAUCACCAAUACAUCGCAGGAUUCAUCAUGACAGGAGCUUUUGCUCAUGGAGCUAUAUUUUUUAUUAGAGAUUACAAUCCGGAACAGAAUGAGAAUAAUGUAUUGGCAAGAAUGUUAGACCAUAAAGAAGCUAUCAUAUCCCAUUUAAGUUGGGCCAGUCUCUUUCUGGGAUUCCAUACUUUGGGACUUUAUGUUCAUAAUGAUGUCAUGAUUGCUUCACGCCUAUGGCUUAUUCUGUUGGGGUACUAA